GUCUCACCGACUAACUCCGGCUAUCAAACUUCUCAACCCCCACUAUCGCCGGAACUCGUGCCGUACAAUUGCUAUGGCAGCACCCAAAGUCGAUUCUUCGGGCGAGUCAUUGCCUGAACACGCCGCCGGAAAGUGGUACUCAGUACCAGAUCUCCGGCUCCGAGAUCACCGUUUCACUGUUCCUCUGGAUUACAGAGAUCCCGGUACUUCCUUAAAGAUCUCCAUUUUCGCUCGGGAAGUCGUUGCUGGUGGACCGGGUUUUGAAUCCCCGAGACCAACUGAAGGCAGUGGAUGGAUACUUAAAGCUUGCGAGGAGUUUCGUGUUAUAUUAAUGGAUCAGAGAGGAACAGGAUUAUCAACUCCGCUGACAACAUCGUCCAUGCUGCAAUUUAAGUCUGCCCGGGAUUUGGCUGAUUACUUGAAACAUUUUCGUGCUGAUAGUAUAGUCAAUGAUGCUGAGUUUAUCCGUGUUCGACUUGUUCCUGGUUCUGGACCUUGGACAGUUUUGGGCCAGAGCUAUGGAGGUUUUUGUGCUGUCACCUAUUUGAGUUUUGCACCACAAGGAUUGAAACAAGUGAUUCUGACUGGAGGAAUACCUCCAAUUGGAGAUGGAUGCACUGCUGAUACUGUUUAUGAAGCUUGCUUUGAUCAAGUUGCUUAUCAGAAUGAAAAGUACUACAAGAGGUAUCCUCAGGAUAUUGAAGUUGUUCGUGAAAUAAUGACAUAUGGGACAAUAACAAUUCUUACAAAAUCUCCUUUUCCUAAGCUAAGUACACUGGUAUACAUUAAACUAGCUUCAUCAUUAUAGUCUUUUAUUGCCGUCUGGAAAGAAACAUGAAAGGUACAAUUAAAUUUGAGGAAAAAAUAAUAAAUCAAAUGUACGAAU